UCCCACCCUAAUGUUCUCUGCAAACUAUUCAAACGCGUGAAUAACUUUUCUUUCUUGUUAUACAAAGCAUAAUGUUUUUUCAUACAAAGCAUGACGAGUGAAAGGGCGCUCAUAGGGAAUGGAUAAGACGAGAGGAAAAACUGAACAAAAGUGGUUGGUUCGUUAUCAGUUAAGAACAAAAUUUUUCUAACGUUUUAUUAAGCCAUGGGAGGAUUAAUAAGUCUUAUCCGAGACAUAAAAACCGUCUACAAGGACCUCAAGGUAACUUUAAAGCUCACCGCUAGAAUUGUGCUGAAAGUUCAUAGUAUUGUGGAAGAUGUGGAGCAGACAGUGCAAGAACUAAAGGCAACCGUGAAAAAAUUGACAUCUAGGGUCCAGCCUCAAGAUGGAAUGAGUGAGAUACCGAUUGAAGCGUUGGUGGAAAACGUCGAAUCGAAGGCAAUUUCUCUAAAAACCUCCCUUAUUAACGCCACCAGUCAAGUGUUUAAUGAUGAUCUCCUUAGAAAGACUCAAGAGAAAUGGGAUAUGGUUAUGCAGUAUUCAAGGGAAAGUAGCGAAGCUUUGGCAAACAUUGUUGCGAGUUCUUCAUUGAAUGUUAAAGGAAAGAGACACAGCGCUGCCGAAAAGGUAAACAGUUCAGAACGAUCCAUCUUCCUCUCGGAGCUCGCAAAGAAUGACUCACAAAGCGAGCAGGAGGGUAAUUCUGACGCUGAUCGAGCAGUAGUCCCCGUUUUCUGUGAAGAAUUA